UUGCAUUAAAGUAAAACUUUGCUGCCGUGAAUAGAGCUUCUUAACAUGAAACUCACUGGGAUUGUCUGCAUCCACGAGCAGUAUGGAGCAGUUUCAACAUGGAGGAGAAAUUGUUACAUGUGUCUUUUAAUAGCAGACAGCAUUUCGCUGAGUGAAAACAUACUGAGUGGAGUAGCAACACCCUGGCACCAAGCCUCUAACUCCAAAGUGAAUGGAUAUGCUGGAGCGCUGAAUGAAACCAGGAUGAGAGCAGUGGUGACAGGAGGUGGAGGCUAUGUUGGAUGCAAGCUGGGAUGUAUUCUUGCCAGCAGAGGAGCUUCUGUUGUUCUCUAUGACAUACAAAAGCCUAUCUGGGAAAUCCCCAAUGGAGUAGUGUUUAUCCAGGCAGACAUCAGGGACUAUGAUGCCCUAUUUGCAGCCUUUGAAGGGGCUGACUGUGUGUUUCAUGUAGCUUCAUAUGGAAUGUCAGGAAGAGAGCAAUUGCACAGAGAAGAGAUUGAAACGGUAAAUAUCCAUGGAACAAGAUUCGUCAUUGAUGCCUGCAAGCAAAGGAACAUUGCCAGAUUGGUAUACACCAGUACAGUAAAUGUGGUGUUUGGAGGGCUUCCUAUUGAAGAUGGUGAUGAGGAAACUGUGCCAUAUUUUCCAAUUGAAAAGCAUGUUGAUCAUUAUUCCAGAACCAAAUCAAUUGCAGAACAAAUGGUACUAGCAGCUAAUGGAACUCCACUGGCAGGAGGUGGAAUACUCUAUACAUGUGCUCUUCGCCCACCAGGAAUCUAUGGACCAGAAGAGCAAAGACACUUGCCAAGGCUAGCAAAGAAUAUCAAGAGAGGGUUACUUAACUUCAAGUUUGGGGAUUCUUCUGCUAAAAUGAACUGGGUGCAUGCAGAGAAUCUCAUACAAGCUCAAAUUCUAGCUGCUGAUGCUCUCACCUCUGGAAAGAACUACAUUGCUAGUGGCCAGGCGUAUUUCAUUAAUGAUGGUGAAAAGUUCAACCUUUUUGAAUGGUUAACUCCACUUUUUGAAAGAUUAGGCUGCAGUACGCCAUGGAUACGUAUUCCUACUUCCUUAGUUUAUGCAUCAGCCUUGGUAAUGGAAUACCUUUAUCUGAUGCUGAAACCAUGUGUUGAACUGUCCCCACUGCUGACCAGAAAUGAGGUACUCAACAUUUCCAUAACUCACACAUUUCGGAUAGCCAAGGCACGGACUCAGCUGGGGUACAGCCCAGAGAAGUUCACAUUUGCUGAUUCUGUGGACCAUUACCUUAAAACCAAAACAGAAGCCCGGAAUCAUCACAUCUUCUUCAAA